AUGCCAUCAUUUGAAGAAACAUUAACAUGUCCAAUAUGUAUGGAUUUAUUUGAUGAUCCUCGUUUAUUACCAUGUUCACAUACAUUUUGUUGCAAAUGUCUUCAUACAUUAAUAAAUAAUCGUACGUUUGUAAUAUGUCCUCUUUGUCGAUAUCAUUUUAUUGGACAAAUUUUACCUAUUAAUCGUAUUGUAUUAACACUUGUUGAACAAUUUCGACAAGAAAAAUUUAAUGAAAAUCGAUCGAUUAAUAUUAAUGCAAAAUGUUACAAUUGUAAAACGUAUCAAAAACUUGAACUUUGUUAUCAUUGUGAUAUACUUUUAUGUUAUAAAUGUCAUAAUAGACAUGAAAUUGAUUGGAAAAAUCGUGAUUAUAAAAAAAAUAAUUUGCUUUUAUCAAAAGUUACUUGGUUAAAAUUUCAAGUAAAUUAUAAACUACGUCAUGAAAAAAUUUCUAUAUUCAAUGAACGAUUAGAUGAUAUUGAAUAUAAAUUAAAAAAUUAUCAUCAUCCUUGUAAUCGUCAACAAUAUCAUGAAAAUAAACAUCAAAUAGAAACUAUAACUAAUGAUUUACAUCGUAUUGAUAUGCAAUUAAAAGAAAAAUUUAUACAAAAUGUCAAUGUUCAAUCAUCAACUUGUAAUACGCCUCUUUCAGCAACUAGUAGUGGCUAUAGUUCUGAUAUGAAUUAA